AAGCUGGGAAGGCGUUCCUGGGCUUUUGAGGGGCUGUGUUCCGUCCUUAGUAAAAAUAUUGUAUUAUAAGUUAAGAAAUUAUGUCUAAACGAAAGGAGAAAAAAAUUGAAGAAAACGUAUCACUCGGGCCGCAAACUUUCGAAGGGGAACUGGUCUUUGGAGUAGCCCAUAUAUACGCCUCUUUUAACGAUACGUUUGUUCAUGUCACUGAUUUGUCGGGUCGAGAAACUAUAUGUCGAGUGACAGGUGGUAUGAAGGUCAAGGCCGAUAGAGAUGAAUCUUCUCCUUAUGCAGCCAUGAUGGCUGCUCAAGACGUCGCAAAACGUUGUCAAGAGUUGAACAUAACUGCAUUACAUAUAAAACUACGAGCCACAGGUGGCAAUCGAACAAAGACUCCUGGUCCAGGCGCACAGUCUGCUCUUCGCGCUCUCGCUCGUGCCGGGAUGAAAAUUGGUCGUAUAGAAGAUGUUACCCCCAUUCCUACAGACUCCACUCGGAGAAAAGGAGGAAGACGGGGAAGAAGAUUAUGAGUGUGUGUUAUUUUUUUAAUGUAGUAAAGAAAAAUAUUUUGUGGUUUUUAA